AUUUUCUACAGCGACUGUUCUCCUUCUCUCUAACCUCCAUGCUCCAUGCAGAUGGUGUUAUCCAUAGAUUUAUUGGUGAUGGAUAACGCUUGUCAGAAAUUGAUUACUGUCUGUGCUUUCUGUAUAAGCGAUCGGAACAUUUAUGUAUUUAACUAUUAAUCUAUUAAAUUUUGUGGAAGAUCUUAAUAUUUUAAAUGUGUAAAGAUAAUUAAUCGAUAAACAAGAAAACGUCGGCAAAAUUGUUUUCGCAAUGACACACACAUCAAAGUUGCAUGGUGACAGGCCGCGAGUUGGGUGUCUUCGCCUUUUGCACUGAACCUACUACUCGCGACUCUUAAAAAGGACCACAAGUCUAUGAAAAAGUUUAUAAAGAUUACAGAAACAUUAAAAGCAAAAACAGAAAAUCAAAUCACAAGCAAAAUAUUUCAUACAGCAUCCGUCAAAAAAUUCAGUGCCAACUUUGUUGAAGUAGUAAAACGCGUUAAUUUUAAAAACGGCUCAGCGAAUCAUCUAAUAAAUAACUGUGUAAAAGAAAAUGUCCAAGAUCUCGUUCUUGGUAGAACACUGCCUGCCGACACCGACUUUGCUUUGGUUAACAUUCACACUUACAAGGAUGUAUGGAAACGUGACAAUUCAAAAUUCCCCUGUACAAAGGUAUACAACUCCUUCAACUACACUCAGGACAUUCAAUACGAGACGAGGUUGAUAGAACUGUCUACUAUCGGCGAAUUUAAAUUGGUUAUACUUGUUCCCAAUGAAUCGGAUGUCCUCCAAGGUGUGUUUGAAAAGCUGACCACGGAUGGUCUUCAGGACACUGUUGAUUCUAUACUACCGAUUUUUACUACAACUACACAAUUAAGUGCACCUAAUAUAAGCAUCAAUUCAACUCUGAUCACACAGGAACAGAAUAGUGAACAUUGCUGUGAAUGUAUGCAGCACGGCAUAGUGACAAUUAAUUCUGAAGGAAUUGAAACUAAAGUAUUGACGUGUUUAUACAAAUCAAGUGAUGAUAAAACAUCGCAAAGAAAACAAGAUAAAAAUGUUAACAAAGAAGCUGGAUUUUACUUUGCCAUACUUUUCAAAGACGUAGCGUUGUUUACAGGACAAUAUUUGAAUAAUAAUAAUAAAUACUAAUUUAAAUAUCCUAUGCCGCAUUACAUUUUAAGUGUUAUUUUAAAAUUUAGACCUUAUCAACAAGCAUCGAUGGUAGAAAGCUCCCCUACUAUUCGGGCGGUCCGGGUUCGUUUUCCGGCUGAGAAAGGACUUUUUAUUGGUGAUUUUAAAAGUUUCGUAAUUUCAAAAACCACACCAAUUUUUCUUUCUAUAAAUCUCAGCUAUACCUGCCAAUUUCACGUGUUUGAUUAUAAUUUGUAUACCUACAUAAUCUUUGCCUAGAUCAUAUCGACGACCUCCGUGGCCGAGUGGUUUGUACGCCGGAUUUCAAGGUGUCGCGUCACCUACUCGAGAGGUACCGGGUUCGAAUCCCGGUGGGGGCAGAUGUUUGUGUGAUGAAUACGAGCAUUAGUACUCCAGUCAUAGAUGUUUAUUAUGUAUUUCUAUAUAAACAUAUAUAUAUAUAUGUAUCAGUAUAUUAUUAUGUAUUCUAUCCGUUACCCUAGUAUCACAUAACACAAGCCUACAGUGCUAACUUUGGCACAAGGCUAAUUGGUGUGAGUGUUGGAAAUAUUUUUAUUUAUACAAUUAUCUAUGAAAACUAGGUACAAUAUGUUAGUUAUAUGUGGUACUAUGUUUGGAAACUAAAACAAUGAACUGAUGUUUGGUUAGCUUAUUUAUAUUUAUGUUUCUAGGAUGCUAUUCUAAUAAGUUCAUUUCUCCGUCUUUCGUUUUUUCUUUCUUCGGUUUUUUCUUUGGUUUUUUCGUUGCGUCAUCGUAGUCGUAAUUUCUGAAGUCGAUGUCCUCGUAGCCGAUCACGAUGGGCGGUAAAACGAUUAGUUUAGCAGAGCGUUCCUCUUUCU